AUGCUUGGACCUAGGCCAAAGGAUGUCUUCCGUCAAAAUGCUCAAUUAACUGGAGUUUUUCCACUUCCACCAGUAUGUUUUUUAAUUAUUCCAAAAUUUUCACAAAAAUUUCUCCAGCUUUUUGCAAUUGCUUAUCACCAAUGCCGCUGGAAUUAUAAUGACAGAGCAGACUUACUGGGUGUACAUUCUUCUUUUGACGAACAUGACAUUCCUCUCGAUGUUCUCUGGCUUGAUAUUGAACACACUGACGCAAAAAAAUAUUUUACUUGGGAUCCAGUCAAGUUUAGCAAUUCUCUUGAAAUGAUUAAAGAAUUGGAAGCUAAGAAUCGCACUUUGGUCACAGUAAUUGAUCCGCAUAUAAAAAUUGACGAGGGUUAUUUUGUUUAUAAUGAGGCAAAGGCUAACAAUUUUUUCGUCAAAAAAUCUGACGGUACUUCUGAUUAUGAAGGUCAUUGUUGGCCAGGCGCAUCAAUGUGGCUAGAUUUUGUAAAUCCUUCGGUUCGCGAAUUUUGGGCUGGAAAGUUUCCUGUUGAUCAAUAUCAAGGAACUACGGAAAGAACUUAUACUUGGAACGAUAUGAACGAGCCGAGCGUUUUUAGUGGACCCGAAAUUACAAUGCAUAAAGAUGCUCGUCAUUUUGAUGGUUGGGAACAUCGAGAAGUUCACAACAUUUAUGGAUUUUUUCAAUCAAUGGCUUCAUUUAACGGUCAAUUGCUUCGAUCUAACAAACGCCUCCGCACCUUUCUUCUUGUCCGCUCAUUCUUUGUAGGCAGCCAGCGAUAUGCUACUGUUUGGACGGGUGAUAAUGCUGCUGAAUGGUCACACUUGAAACAAUCAAUUCCAAUGCUACUUUCCAUUUCUGUUUCUGGCAUCCCUUCAGUUGGGGCUGAUGUUGGAGGCUUUUUCAAAGAUCCUGAUGGGCAAUUGAUUACUCGUUGGUAUCAAGCUGGAGCCUUUCAACCAUUCUUCAGGGCUCACGGACAUAUUGAGACAAAAAGAAGAGAACCUUGGUUAUUUUCGGAACGUGAGAACAAUGCUAUGCGAGAGGCUGUUAUCAGGCGUUAUAUUCUUCUUCCUUACUGGUCUGUAUUUAAUAUAAAAAUAUUUUAUUAUAAUUUUAGGUAUACCCUAUUUUACGAACAUACGAAAACAGGCGUUCCUCCAAUGCGUCCAGUUUGGUCAGAAUUUCCAGAGGACGAGGCUGCUUUUGAUGAAGAACGUGAAUGGAUGGUUGGAUCAGGAAUUCUUGUACGCCCUGUCGUUGAACCGGAUGUUCAACAAGUUUCGCUUUACUUACCCGGAAUUGGCCAAACUUGGUUUGAUUGGGACACGCAUAAAAUGUAUCUUUCACCUGGCGCCAUUUAUACCGAUACUCCACUCGAAAAGAUUCCUGUUUACCAGCGAGGAGGCACUAUAAUACCCGUGCGGGAACGUCAACGCCGUGCUUCAAUGCUUCAACGUAAUGACCCAAUAACCUUAUAUAUUGCCUCUGAACUGGAUAGAGAAUUUGCAAAUGGUACAAUUUACAUGGAUGAUGGGGAAUCACAUAACUAUAAAGACAAAAAUGAAUAUUUAUAUUGGGGUUUUGUUUACAAAAAGGCGAGUGAAUACAAUUAUGCAAUAAUGUCUAAAAAUUUGGAUAAAAACGGAAAAUUUGAUCCUGAUGUAUGGGUUGAACGUAUUGUCAUUCGUGGUGUUCGUUACUACCCUAGAGCUGUGCACAUGUAUUACGAAGAUUAUAACCCUGAGGAUUUGGAAUACACACAUGACCGUGACCAACGUUUAAUUGUUAUUCGAAAACCGGGCGUUUAUAUAUCGCGUGAAUGGCGCAUCGAUAUUCAUCGUGAUGGAAUUAGCAGUUCUGAAGUAGAAGCAAUUUAUAAAGCUCUUCCUCCGGAUGAUACAGAAUUUUACAAAUUUGUUGAUUCUUUAAAGCCUCAACAAUUUCCUCAGCCUGAACUGACUGAAGAACAAAAAGAAGCUAAAAGAGAAUAUAAGGAAAGAAUUGAAAGGCUAAGAAAUCAACAGGCAAAUAUGGAAUAUAACAAUAUGAUUCGUUCAAUUGAUCAAACACGUUCUAAUUCACUACUUCAAAAUUUUGGACAAGAAAUGCGUGAAGUGAAUAGACAAAUGGUUGCAAUUAUUAAUACUUUGAUAACUGUUGGAGGUUCUUUUGCCUUUGGUUUUUGGGGUGUACAAUUUGCCUAUCCCCAUUUGGGUUUGGACAUUGCAGAAAGAAUGUUGUUAGGAUUAGUUUGUGCAACUAUUGUGUUCUUUGCAGAUCUCUAUUUUAUAGUCAAAAGUAUGUCUGAUGACGAGAUUGAAGAGAAGGAUAAAACAAAAAAGAAAAAAUGGGUGGAAACUAGUAAUAUAACUUUACAGAAAAAAUGUCAAUAA